CUCCCCGGCAUGAUGGACUCAUCCACGGAGGGAGGGCGCAGGCGCAGAAUUUGGAGGAACUGGACGAAGAACGGAAGGUAACGGGACCUGAAGAAGAGCCAUGCCUCUGUUUGGCAAUGUCUUUAGUCCGAAGAAAACUCCGCCCCGAAAAUCAGCCUCUCUUUCCAGCUUACACACACUUGAUCGUGUGAGCCGUGAGAUUGAGCUGGGCUUGGAUCAUGGUGCUCCUGUGAUGAAUAUUGGAGGACAGAGCCUGAAGUUUGACAAUGGCCAAUGGGUGUCAGAGUCUGUGGGAGACAGUGGCGUACAUAAGGAGGUUCAGCGCCUGCGAAAACGUAACCAGCAGCUGGAAGAGGAGAAUAAUCUUCUCCGACUCAAAAUUGACAUUCUGUUGGACAUGCACUAUUUGCAACUCCUGAAGCAGUCCAUGUUCGAAUGGAAUAAGAACUGGACAAUAUCCAGGCUUGGAAUGAAACAUGGCAAGUAACAUUCAUGCCACACAAAUGCCAGGCAGUGAAAAUCUCCAAUAAGAGACAAUCUUACUAUUGUCCUUUGACAUUUAAGGAUACUACCAUCACUGGUUUCCGACUACCAACAUCCUUUAGGUUAUGAUUGACCAGAAAUUCAGCUGAACUCGCCAUAUAAAUACAGUACCUACAAGGACAGGCCAGAGGCUAGGAAUACUGCACUGAAUAACUCACCUCCUGCCUGUCUACACUCUUCAAGGCACAAGUAAGGAAUAUGAUGGAACACUCCCUACCAGCCUGGAUGAGUGCAGCUCCAACAACACUAAAGACAUUUGACACCACCCAAAACAAAGCAGCUUAUUGGCACCAUUUCAACAAAGGUCUACUACCUCUGCCACCGACGCUCAAUAGCAGCAGUGUGUACUAUCUACAAGAUGCACUGCAGAAAUUCAAUAAAGAUCCUCAGACAGCACCUUCCAAACCCACAACCAUUUCCAUCUAGAAGGACGAGGGCAGCAGAUACAUGGGAGCACAACCACCUUCAAAUUCCCUCCAGGCCACCCACAAUCCUGACUUGGAAAUAUAUUGCCAUUCUUUCAGUGUUUCUGGCUCAGAACACUGUAAUUCCCUGCCUAAUGGCAUUGUGGGUCUACCUACAGCACAUGACCUUAGCAGCUCAAGAAUGCAAUUCGCCCCACCUUCUCAAGGGCAAUUGGGGAGGGCAGUAAAUGUCAGCAACUCCCACCUCCACGAGUGAAUAAAAAAAGUUCCCCUCAAUAAUUGCCCUUUUCAAACUGUCCACUAUAAUGUUGUUGGUCCCUGUCCUAUGAAUGAGUUUGAUAUUGUAUGAUUUGUCAUUAAAUACAAAUGAAACCCCAAAUUCUUGGUGUAGAUUUCUUUCAGAAAAGUGAGAGGGUUAUUGCUUAUCUGAAUAACGGUCCCUGCAGAGUUGUUGGAAGCUGGGUAUUAAGUAUAUUCAUUUAUAUGUAUUAAGAAUAUACAAAUCUUGGCUAUCAGUUUCUGCUCAGUGAUUCUGCGUUGUUGUGUAUCUGUGCCCAUGAAGGCGGCCUCAACUAUGACCUUGUGUUCAUGUCAUGCUACGUGUAACCCCACCAUAGUGUUUUGUAUUUGUAAAAUCUUCCUUAAUGUCCUGUUUUAACACCGUCACCUUGAUAACUUGUUAUCAUCACUCUAUCUUAAUAAGUUUGUACAGUUUUGGAUUCCUUCUUAAUUUGGUUAGACCCUUGGCAUGCGACUCUUAUACCUGUCAUGUUAUUCUAGCCAUUUGGUUUGUCUCCAGCACCACCUUAUUUUUAGUUUUUGGUAAUUAUCUCUGCCUCAAUUAAUUGGAUUGUAGUUGACCCACUUCCCAACUCAGCUGUUGACACAUUACUUACACCAGCUGACACUUUUGAUCACCUGCAAAGGCUUAUUAUUUGACCUCCACUCACACCAUUCGUAUGAUCUCUGUGCCUGUAAAGUCUGUGAAUGCUUUCCUUCACUUCACCUGACAAAGGGGCAGCACUCCGAAAGCUUGUGAUUUCAAAUAAAGAUGUUGGACUAUAA